AUGGCUCCAGAAACACCUCCUACCGAGACAUCCGCGUUGCUAGGCUCUGCUUCUACCAACAGCGUCGUCUCCAACGGCACGAUUACAGAUCAUAAUGUGGAAUCCGGGGUCCCAGUUGAAACGGAGCAGCAAGCCAAAAAAUCGCUCUCUGAUGCUCAGAAGCAACUGAAAUAUAUUGUGCCAGCAAUCUCCUUGGGUAUCUUUUUGGCGGCGGCAGACCAAACAAUUAUCAUGGCCAGUUAUGGCCAAAUUGGUAGCGAUCUCAAGGCUCUCAAUCUGACCAGCUGGAUUGCUACUUCAUAUUUUCUGACCCUAACCUCUUUCCAGCCUUUAUAUGGCAAGCUGAGCGAUAUCUUUGGUCGCAAGCCUUGUCUGCUCUUUGCAUAUGCGAUUUUUGGCAUUGGCUGCUUGUUCUGCGGUCUGGCGCGAAAUAUUCAUGAGUUGAUUGCUGCUCGUGUCUUCCAAGGCAUUGGCGGCGGUGGUAUGACAACUGUUGUUAGCAUCUUAAUGAGCGACAUUGUUCCCCUACGUGAUCGAGGCGUGUGGCAAGGUAUUAUCAAUAUUAUUUAUGCCACGGGGGCCGGUACCGGCGCACCACUGGGUGGCAUUCUCUCCGACUAUAUUGGCUGGCGUUGGGCCUUCCUAGCGCAAUUUCCGCUCUGCAUCAUUGCUUUCAUUGCCGUAUCGUUCUUCCUCAAGCUGCCCCCUCGCGAAAGUACCCACUGGAAAACCAAGCUGCGUCGCAUUGAUUUUCUUGGCGCAGUGGUUCUUGUUGGCGCAGUUCUUGGUUUCUUAAUCGGUCUGGACCGUGGCAGUAAUGUGUCAUGGAAGUUACCUUUGACGAUCGCUUCAUUGAGUGUUUCGGCUGUCUUAUUCGUGGUCUUCAUCCUGGUUGAGAUUUAUCUGGCAGCCGAACCCUUUGCUCCUGGGCACAUCAUCUUCAACCGAACUUUCUUUGCCUGCUAUGGCUGUAACUUCUUCAGCUUCGGGGGCUGGAUUGCCGCUUUAUUCUAUAUCCCGUUAUAUUUUCAAGCGGUAGAUGGUGUGUCGGCUACGACUGCGGGACUUCGCAUGUUGCCAAGUAUUCUGGCUGGUGUAUCUGGCUCCUUGUUUGCAGGCGUGUUGAUGAAGAGAUAUGGCAAGUAUUACUGGCUGACAGUUGGUGCAUAUACAUCCCUGGCAACAGGUGUGUUCUGCAUAUACCUGUUCUCUGGGGGCUUGGUGGCGAGUACAGUCCCAAUGAUCUGCGGAAUGGUACUUUCAGGGUUCGGAAAUGGCAUUGGCGUCACUUCAACCCUGAUUGGUUUGAUAUCAAAUGCGACUCCAGAAGACCAGGCUGUUGUCACUGCUUGCUCCUAUCUAUUCCGCUCGUUGGGAUCUGUGAUAGGUCUAUCUUUAACAUCGACUGUCGUCCAGCAAAUCCUGCGGAAUCAAUUAAAAAUAGGUCUACAUGAUAGUAAGAAUAUCGAUCAGAUCGUUGAAGGGGUGCGGGAAAGUCUCGACUUUAUCAAAACCCUCGACCUAGCAACUGCCAGGAUUGUCCGGAACUCUUAUGGCUGGUCCACUAACAAGGGAUUCAGCUUUUUGGUUUGUGUGGUGUUCUUCGCUUUGUUGAGCAGCUUUUUUAUCCGCGAGAGCAAACUCAAUCGCUAA